UGGACAUUGGAGGGAGAGGUGAACGGUUGCUAUGCUGACUGAGAGCUGAGUAAUCGCACGCAAUGGCGCUGAUCGAGAGACCAUGUCAUGAUCGGCAGCCACAUUCUGAUAGUCUUCAGUCAGACCACAUAGAAGGAAGACACUUGUUUCUUCUAUAAUAGUCUCAUUGUUUGAAAGAGCCAAUCGUGGCUUGCGUCCCUCAUACUUGCCAUCAUGGCAGAAUCAAAGGUCUGGCUAGUCACUGGAUCGUCCACAGGAUUUGGCCGGUCCAUGACAGAACUCCUAUUGAAGAACGGAAAUAGGGUGGUUGCAACUCUACGCCGCACAGAAGUCUUGUCCGGUCUCGCCGAACAAUAUCCCUCCUCCCAGUUGCUGAUCAUCCAGAUGGAUGUCGUAAAGAGUUCGGAGGUGGCUGCCGCAUUCGUAAAAGCCAAAGAGGUGUUCGGACGUGUCGAUGUAGUUUUCAAUAAUGCAGGUAUAGCUAUUAUCGGAGAGAUGGAGUCCAUGAGAGACGACGAGGCCCGCAAGACCUUCGAAGUGAACUUUUGGGGCGCGUCAAACGUGACAAGGGCAUCCGGACGUUCAGGGAGGCGAACAAACCAAUCGGGGGAAGGUUGUUGCAGGUUUCUUCUACUCUGGGUUUGAUCGGGAGACCUGCAAUGUCUUAUUAUGCCGCAUCUAAACAUGGUGAGCAUGUUGUCUAAGACCAUGAAGUAUCUCAGCCCAGAUGUCCAGCGUUAGAAGGAUUCAGCGAAAGUGUCGCACAGGAACUGGACCCGGCAUGGAACAUACAGGUUGAACCA